UUGUUAUAUAUCCUAAAGUGGUCAAAAUUAAUAAAUACUAAAUCUCUGUACAGAAAACUGUUUGUUGGCGGUCUAUCAUGGGAGACAUCGCAGGAGAACCUGCAGCGUUAUUUCUCGCGCUACGGCGACGUGAUUGAUUGUGUUGUUAUGAAGAACAGCGAGUCCGGCCGCUCGAGAGGUUUUGGUUUCGUUACCUUUGCUGAACCCUCCCUGGUCAAUGUUGUGCUUCAGAAUGGUCCCCAUCAACUCGAUGGCAGAACCAUCGACCCGAAGCCGUGCAAUCCAAGGACUCUCCAGAAGCCGAAGCGCGGUGGCGGAUACCCGAAGGUGUUCCUCGGAGGUCUGCCAUCUAAUAUCACUGAGACCGACUUGCGCGUGUUCUUUGGACGAUACGGCAAGGUCAUGGAGGUCGUCAUCAUGUAUGACCAGGAGAAAAAGAAGUCUAGAGGCUUCGGCUUCCUGUCAUUUGAAGAUGAAAUCUCUGUUGAGAGAGUCACCCAGGAGCAUUUCAUCAACCUGAAUGGCAAACAGGUCGAGAUCAAGCGCGCGGAGCCUCGUGAUGGUUCUGGCAAAUUGGGCUCCGGAGGAGGCAUGGGUGGAGGAAUGGGGGGAGCGCCGGGAGACGCGCCCGCCGCCGGACAGUGGGGACCACCACAAGCUGCGCCCAUGAACAUCAUACAGGGACACAACGGACAGAUGGGCGGCCCACCCAUCAACAUGCCCAUGGCCGGACCUAACAUUAUGCAGGGAUACCAGGGCUGGGGAACGUCGGCCGGGCAGACCUCGUACGCUGGGUACGGCGCGGCGGGCGGCGGCGCGGGCCCCGGCAACUACCAGGGCUGGGGAGCUCCGCCCGCGCCUCAGGCGCCGCCGCACGCGCCCGCCUGGCCCGCCACCAACAACUACACGCAGCACGCUCAGCCGCCCGCACAGGGAUACGGCAGCUACGCGAACUACAGCUCGGCGCCGGCGGGCGCCUCGGCCGGCGGCAGCUGGACUAAUUGGAGCAUGCCGCAGAACUCCAACUCGACCGGCUCCGGCUCGUACGUCCCGUUGUCGGAGGGUGGUGAGAUGUACGGUCGCGGUGGUGGCGGCGGGACGGGCGCGGCGCCGGCCCUCGCCGGGGCGCUGUCCUCGGCCGCCCUCUCCAAGUCCUCGUCCGCUGACUACUCCACCUACCAGCAGUACCCGCCAGCCUACCAGCAGGAUCAGGUACACGCACACAUACAAGCAACACACACACACGCACACACUACGUACAGACGCGAUGACGGCUCCACGUACGGCGGAGGGUCGCGCUACGCAGCCGGAGAGUACCACUCGGCCGCCGCUCAGCCGCCAGAGGGCGACGGUGUAGGCAGUACGGCGGGGAGUCCCAAGUUUGCUACCAUGCCCGCAUUGAGCGACAAUAUAGGAACGCCCCCACAGGUGCCAAUGAUAUACUGCCCCGGCAUGGUCUCCCCACAGCCGUCGUUCUGUAACGUAUCAGAUAUAUCCGCAGCGGCUUCAGGUGAGGAUUACGAGUACACGGGCGGAUCGGGCGACGGGUACCAGAAGUCGUCUAAACGGAGUUACCACGGGACAUCAGGCGGCGCUAACUCAUCGUCCUCGUAUCAUCCCUAUCGGCGUUAA